AUGGGGGACCAGAGGCUGCCGGAGGAGAACCAGCCUCCUCGAUUACCCAAGAACAAGCGUGUCUUGAAGCACAAGACAGAACAGCAGAUAUCUGCUCCUUUCAUGGAGGACCAUCACCAGCAGUUUUCUCAGGAAGAACUGGAUGACUUUACUACAGAUUAUGAGCCACAUGAAGAGAAUCUUUCACAAACCACCCGACGGACUGUUUUCCCCAGAAUUUGUCAUAAAGUACCCAGUACUGCUAACACAAUGAGCCAAGGAAAGCUGCCCAAGGAUUUGGGAUUGUUUAGCACAAUUUCAAUGGGUCAGCAAGGAAUCAGAAAGACACAAUACAAGCUGGAUCACUUGUCACAGAUGGAAGAUGAUGCUGAAGACUAUGUCAUACAUUUGAAGGAGCAGCCAAAAUGUGACCAAAAUCUGAAUAAGUGGCCUCCCAUCGAAAAUCACAUGAAAGCAAAUAAGAAUAUCAAGCAUGGGAAGAACCUUCACAGAAGAGUCAACCUGCCACCCCUUGAAAAUUCCAAGUUGGAUCGAAAAAAUUUUCUUCCUACACACACAACCAAGAAUCAGAAUUUGCUUGAUUCUCUUAAUUAUCGAUGCACACGAAGUGGGGGUGAUAAUAAAUACCAAUGGAAUGAAGCACUGGAAAACUUGGAUGUGUUGCAACAAUUUGACAUGGACUAUGCUAACCAAUCCACUUAUGAUGAAUUCUCAGACAAGAUAAACAGUUAUCUUCCUUCUAAGCUCAAGUACUUCAGAGGAUUAACCAGAGAAAAGGGAAUCAAAUUGUCCAAACAGAUACCAAAAUUUGAGAUCAAUGUCCAAAAGCCACAUGAUCUUUCUAUGUCCACCAAGGAGAAGUUUAAAUAUGGACCAUCACACCAGAAACUGAAGCAAUUGAAAACACAGGCCACAAAAGAGCCUUUAAAUGAACCUAAGAGCUUGCUUGAGGUUGAAGGUAAAACAGUGUGCAAACCAGAUAUACUUGAAAAUCUCUAUGGAACAAUUGCCUUUAAGGAUUUCAUUAUACAAAAAGGCUACAAUAUGCCAGUAAUACUCCAAAAGUUUUUUAUGAAAAAGGGAUGGGAUUACAAUUCUGUUAAUACUCCUAUACCAAGUGUAUUAAAACAUCAUGAAAUGAUUAUGCAAAAAAUGGAUGAUGAAGAUGAUGAAAACAGUGGACAGGAACUUGACUAA